CGCGAUCAGGAUGUUCGUACGAGGCUAGCAAAAGGCUGGGUCAAAGACAGUACAGUAUGUGCGUAGAUAGAACAAUGAGACAGAUAUUUCAGGAGAUGAAUACAUUUGAAGCAUCCGGUUGGCGUUUCCACUCAUUAACAAAUAUGGUGAUGAAAGGAAGCCCAGUGACGAACAGUGGGAUAUUUUUAUUUUCAUUAAAAAGAAAAAACGUUUUCAUCCCGCACAGUAGGUGGCGGCAAUACAACGUUUUGGAAGUUGUGCUUCGUAAGACCCCAACAAAGAAGAAUUCUCACUGAAAUAUAAUUGGCAACACCUCAGAGAGUGGUUAGCUAGUUAGUAGUCCUGCGUGGGUUAUAUUUGUUCCUGUCACACAGCGACAAGAAUGCCAACACUGUCACUGUGUUCAGCAUACAACUGCAAAAACCGCAGCCCCAAAGCUGGUGUAGGAUUUUUUAGAUUCCCCAAAAAUGAUCCUGAAAGACGCAAACAAUGGAUUAUUAAUAUGAAGUGUAAAGGGUGGAAUCCGCAACAAAACCACCGUGUGUGCUCUGUUCACUUUGAAGACAAGUAUAUUUGCGGAAGGGACAUACGUCAACGCCUCACGCCAGACGCAGUCCCGACUAUAUUCGACUAUCCAAAAAACUUUCAAAAGAAGAGUAUUACCUGGGCAGUCAAAGAUGUUUCCCCGAAGGUGGCAUGUGAGAACAUGGAGUUCCAACUUCCACCCCUCAAGCACAUAAUAGAGAUCACAGAGGCGUGGGAGUGGCUGGGUAUGGACAUCAGAGGGCCGCUACCCUUGACAUUGAACGGACACCAGUACGUUCUGACCUUGACAGACUUCUACUCCAAAUGGGUGGAGGCCUUCCCCCUGAGAGGUUGUAGCUCUACUGAGGUAGCACAGCAUGUAGCUGAAGUCAUCUCUCACUUUGGCUUCCCUUUUGGAAUCCUUGUUCGACUGAAGAAGAACUUUACCAGUAAGAUCAACGUUGCUUUGAAGAGUCGUCUGAAGUUGAGUGGGUUCUCUCUCUUAUACCGUCAUCAGCAAGUUGGAUCACUGGAUCUGACCACACAGACCCUGAUCAGCAGGAUGGUGUCUGAUCUUGUGAAUGACCAUCCAUACAACUGGGAUGUCUGCCUCCCUGCAAAGGUGUUCAGCCUGUGUUUCAAGGAGCACCCCAAGACCAAGCAGAGACCUUUCUCUCUGCUGUGCUGCAAAGGACCACAGCCGGUCACCACUCCUAGGGAUCUGUCUUUCAGUCCUGCAGAGCUCAGAGAGAGUUCCUUUGCAAUUCAGUCAAAUCAAGAGGGUGGGCAUGACACUGAUCUGCAAGGCAUGGUUGGCAUUGAAUCUGGGAAGGAAACAGCUGGAAAGAGCACAGUUACAAGGGUCUCCUUUUUUAGGAGCAACACCGAGAGUAACACGGACGGUAACACCAUCAGUAACACGGACGGUAACACCAUCAGUAACACGGACGGUAACACCAUCAGUAACACGGACGGUAACACCAUCAGUAACACGGACGGUAACACCAUCAGUAACACGGACGGUAACACCAUCAGUAACACGGACGGUAACACCAUCAGUAACACGGACGGUAACACCAUCAGUAACACGGACGGUAACACCAUCAGUAACACGGACGGUAACCCCAACACCAUCAGUAACCUGGACGGUAACCCCAACAGUGAACCAUCCUCUGAAGAUCUUCAUGCCAUGGAAACCUGAAUAAUUUAUUGGAUGAGCGCUCUCCAUCAUGUUGCCAAAUGUUUUGGGAGUAGGUUAUUUUGGUUUUCUAAGGUGUGAUCAUUUUGUUGAAAAACACUUUGGUUCAAUGUUUGGCUGGUGUACUCUUUCAAGAUUGUUAGCAGACAUCAGUGUGGGUCAGGAAUUUAUGUACCACCUGCAUCAAUUCAAUCAGCCAAAACAAAUAGGUGAUUAGGUAGGUGAUUUAUUAAUGAUAAGGUUAUCCCUAAAAGCAAUUGCUUUAUUUUGAAAUCAAAUUAUAUUUGUCAAGUGCUGAAUUUAACAGGUGUAGGUUGUACUGUGAAAUGCUUACUUAUGAGCCCUUAACCAACAAUGCAGUUAAAAAGUACGAAAGGAAACGGUAACAAUAAAAUGGCAACCAGGCUCUAUACAAGGAGUAACAGUACCUAGUCAAUGUGUAGGGUAUGAGGUAGUUGAUGUAAUAUGUAGGGUUAAAAAUGACUGGGCAUUAAGGAUAGAUCAUAUACAGAGUGGCAGCAGUGUGUGUGUUGGAGUGUCAGUGUAGUAUGUGUGGGUAGCGUCCAGUGAGUGCAUAGAGCCAGUGCAAAAAAGGGGGGUCAAUGUAAAUGGUCGCGGUAGCCAUAUGAUUAACUGUUCAGCAGUCUUAUGGUUUGGGGGUAGAAGCUGUUAAGGAGCGCUUUGGUCCCAGACUUGUCUCUCCGGUCACGCUUGCUGUGCGGUAGCAGAGAGUUGUCUAUGACUUGGGUGGCUGAAGUCUUUGACUAUUUGUAAGGCCUUCCUCUUACACCGUCUGGUGUAGAGGUUCUGUAUAGCAGGGAGCUUGGCCCCAGUGAUGUACUGGGCUGUACACACUACCCUCUGUAGCGCCUUGUGGUCGGAUGCCAAGCAGUUGCCAUACCAAGAGCUGAUGCAGCCAGUCAAGAUGCUCUCAAUGGUGCAGCUGUAGAACUUUUUAAAGAUCUGAGCGCCCAUGCCAAGCCUCCUGAGGGGGGAGAGGUGUUAUCAUGCCCUCUUCACAACUCUUAUGUGUUUGGACCGUGAUCGGUCCUUAGUGAUGUGUUCAAUGAAGAACUUGAAGCUCUCGACCUGCUCCACUAGAUGUGAAUGGGGGUGUGCUCAGCCUUCUGUUUCCUGUAGUCCACUAUAAUCUAAAUUUGCCUUGCUGACGUUGAGGGAGAGGUUGUCCUGGCACCACACUGCCAGGUCUCUGACCUUCCUGUAGGCUGGCUCAUCGGUGAUCAGACCUUACUUGAUCCUGAUUACAAAGGACAUGAAGACAAAUGCAUUUCUAGCUAUUUUAAUCAUAUGUACCAUAUUAAGGGCUGUUGAGGCCAUAUUAUAAUUCCAGUUGGGAGCAUGGAUGCUGCCAUGCUGGUGGGAGCACAGUCACUGAUGUCUGACAUGGGUAAAUCCAUUUGCAUUUAUUCACUUUUUAACAGCAACCCUUUUGAUUUGAACAUAACCUUACAUCCGCAUAGUGAACCAAAAUAUAAACGCAACAUACAACAAUUUCAAAGAUUUUACUGAGUAAUAGUUAAUAUAAGGAAAUCAAUCAAUUUUUAAAUAAAUGUAGGCCCUAAUCUAUAGAUUUCACUUGACUGGGCAGGGGUGCAGCCAUGGGUCAGAAUGAGGUUUUUACCCACAAAAGGCCUUUAUUACAGACAUACUGUUUACACGUGGUGUCAGUUGUAAGGCCGGUUGGACGUACUGGCAAAAUAUCUAAAACAACGUUGGAAGCAGCUUAUGGUAGAGUAAUGUACUUUAAAUUAGCUGGCAACAGCUCUGGUGGACAUUCUUGCAGUCAGCAUGCCAAUUGCAAGCUCCCUCAACUUGAGACAUCUGUGGCAUUGUGUUGUAUGACAAAAUUUUAUACAAUUCUAGGAUCUUUUAAUUCAGCUCAUGAUAAAUUGGACCAACACUUUACAUGUUGCGUUUUAUAUUUUUGUUCAGGAUAUUUUAUAAUUUCCUUAUUAGAAAAAAAUUACUUGGUUUCUAGUGCAAGCAACUUGUGCUUGUCUUUUACUUUCAGUUUAUCCACCAGCUUCAAACAGCUGAAAAUACUUUAUUUUUAGUUUAUUGAAAAGCUAUUUAAUGGUACAAUGAUUCUGUCACAAAUGAGAAUGAUUGUGAAACACUAAGUUAACUACUGCUGCAGCUAUGUAAAGGACAUUUUCUGAAUUACAAUGCAAAAAUAUUACAUAUAGCUUCUUUAACCUUUUUAAUGUAAAUUAUUUAACAUGUACACUUCGGGUCAACUUUGAUCUCCUUGGUAUUCAGGUCUAAAAGUAACUUUCUUACUACUUAUUCCAUGAUCAAACAUGUAGGGAAGUUUUUGUUUAAAUCAAAAGGGAUGUUUUAAAAAAGUGAUCGAAUUCAAAUAGAUUUACCCACUUGCAAAUAUUUCUCUCAUUACUCUCAUCAAAGGCUGGAAUACGAACCACAUGGAAUUGAGUUAUUUGUUAAAUGCGAAGAUACUUGUAUGCUUUUAUAAUGUAUUUAUUAUGUGUGUCUCUUGUUAUUGUGAAGCAUGCAGGUGAUGGAGUUUUAACGAAAUGUACAAUUUUAAGAAAUA